AUGAAUGUGCUCAAACAUGCCAUCCAGGUGUCUGUGGUACCUGUGAGGUGCCGGUCGAAGCUAGGUGUUAUUGUGGACGAGUGCAAAAGGAGAUGCAAUGUUCCAAACAGGAAGAUAUAUGCGACUCGUUCGACCUCUUCGAUCUGGGCAACAGUUCCUGGUUUGAGGGCUCUUUUAGCUGCGAGAGUGCUUGCGGAAGAGUCUUUGAUUGUGGUGUACAUCGUUGCCAGGUUUCUUGUCACCCGCAAGAAGAGGUCUCGGCUCAUUGCCCUUUCUCUCCGGACGUUGUCACCCAUUGCCCUUGUGGCAGGACACCGCUCAAGGAUCUCACGGAGCAGCCUCGUCAGUCUUGUGAAGAUAAUGUUCCUCACUGUAAGAGGAUUUGCGAGAAGAAGCUGGAAUGCGGACAUCUCUGCCAAUCCUUGUGCCACACUGGGGAAUGUGACCCUUGCACCCAAACGAUGGAGAUUGACUGCCGCUGUGGCCGAGUCACGGGCGAGACGGUCUGCCAUGAGGGAAACAUCCAACAUCCCCUAUGCUUCAAGAUAUGCCAGGCUACUCGUAACUGCGGAAGACAUCGAUGCGGAGAGCAUUGUUGCCCGGGUGAAAAGAAGGCAUCUCAGCGUAUUGCUCAGCAGAAGAAGCAACGCCUGGGCCCUGAUUCGCUACCAGUUGAGGCUGAGCAUAUCUGUGUCGCCGUCUGCGGACGGCCACUUAAGUGUGGUAGUCACUUUUGUGAGCAACUCUGUCACCGCGGAGCUUGCCAAAGCUGUCCCGAGGCUAUCUGGGAAGAAGUUUCGUGCAACUGCGGCCAGACAGUCUUGCAUCCUCCACAACCAUGCGGAACGAGACAGCCAUCUUGCACUAACCAGUGUCAGCGGCAGACUGCAUGUGGACAUCCUUCUGUUGACCAUCAGUGCCAUCCUGAUGAUGUAUCCUGCCCGCCAUGCACAUACCUCGUUCAGAAGCGAUGCAUCUGUGGAAAGACGACGUUUCACAACAAGCCUUGUCAUUUGCAAGAGGCUCAUUGCGGAGAGCAAUGCGGACAGAAACUCUCCUGCGGACUCCAUACAUGUAAAAAGCUAUGUCAUCGCCCCGGAGAAUGCGGAGAUGCUCAGAAUGGUUGCGAGCAAAUAUGCGGAAAACCCAAGCUGCUAUGUAACCACCCAUGUCAGAGUGUUUGCCAUGGACAAACUCUCUGCAAGGAAUCAACAGCUUAGUUUUAAGUGCCUAGCAAGUACGAGCAACCUUACUCCGAGUCGGCCAGAGGUUCGAUGUGAUGAGGAGUGCGAACGACUUGACCGCAACCGUCGCCUGGCCGCAGCUCUUAAUAUCGAUCCUGCUUCUCACACCAACGACCAUAUUCCCUUCUCGGAUAAUACUCUGAAGCUUUAUAAACAGAUGCAAUCAUGGGGAGAUGCUCAGGAGAGCCAGUUCCGAGUAUUUGCUGCUAACAAAGACGAAGUUCGUCUACGAUAUGAACCCAUGAAGAACCAGUCACGCCAAUUUCUUCACUUGCUCGCCGAGGACUUCGGCUUCGAGAGUAAGAGCGAGGACUACGACAUUCACCGGUCUGUUCUUGUGUGGAAAUCAGAUAAGUUUGUUUCAGCCCCGACGAAGACACUUGCGCAGUGUGUCAAGAUCCGAGCAUCUCAAGCUGCCGAAGCUGCGGCUGCGGCUGCGAUUCGACCUCCAAGUCCCCCCAUUCUCGAGACUGAGCCUUUCAAUGCUCUGGUACUUACGGAGCCUCGCUUCGGUCUGACCAUCGAGGAAGUAAACACUGCUCUCGAACCGGAUCUCACAUCCCUGCAAGGCUUCAGUUUCAAGGUUGAUUUUCUGAAUGAGGAAGUUCUCAUCAAAGCUUCAGUCUCAUAUUCCGCAUUUCUCACACCCGCACCCAUGGAAAAGAGCCUAGAAAUCCUCAAACCUCGGAUCGAGCAGACUAUCCGACGUGAAAAGCUCGCUGAAAGCGUCUUGCUCUGUCACUCAGAUGCUACCGGUGCAAUUUCUCGGCGAGAGGUACCCCUCCGAGCCGGCACUGGAGGAUGGAGUGCCGUAGCUGGACGCGCGGCUUCUAGGCCAAUGUCCUCGUCUUCUACUCCUGCAACUGAAGAGGCAAAGCCCGGGCGCAAACUACUCCUAGGACUCAAGAAGAAGAGGCCGCAACAACCGGAGGCGGGAAAGGUCUGGGCUGCUCUUGAUGGGGACGUUGAAUGCUAA